CACUAACGAAUUAUACUUCGUACAGCGUCGAGUGUGUCAGAUCGAGGUUCUUUAUUUUAUUUCAAUUAAUUUGUCAUGGAUAAACAGUUGAAAGGAAAGAGGAUUCUUGUAACCGGUGGCUGCCAAGGCAUCGGUCGUGGAAUAGCUGUAGAAUUAUGGAGGCAAAGCGCAAAUGUUGUUGUGCUUUCCAACCAACCAGACAACUUAGAAAAACUAAAAGAGGAAUAUCCGGCUAUUGAAACAGUUUGUGUGGACCUUCGCAAUUGGGAAGAGACUAGAAAAGCAGUCGAUUCACUGGGUGUUUUUGAUGGCCUAGUUAACAAUGCAGGAAUCGCAAUUAUAGAGCCCUUUUUAGAAUGCACCCCAGAAAGUUUGGAUGAGACUAUGGCAGUUAAUGUACGAGCUAUGAUAAAUGUUAGUCAAAUCGUUGCAAAGAAAAUGAUCCAAAACCACAUAAAGGGAUCCAUUGUGAAUCUUUCAUCACAGGCCUCAAAGGCUGCUUUAAAAGAUCACACUGCUUAUUGCGCCUCGAAAGGUGCAGUUGAUGCUCUAACAAGAGUUAUGGCUCUAGAACUUGGUCCACAUGGCAUUCGCACCAAUACAGUCAACCCGACUGUUAUUAUGACUGACAUGGGCCGCAAAGUCUGGUCUGCACCUGAGAAAUCUCAGGGUAUGCUCUCAAAGAUACCACUCGGCAGGUUUGGGGAAGUACCAGAAGUCAUCCAUACGAUUUUAUUCCUUUUGAGUGAUAGUGCUAGCAUGAUAAGCGGCGUACAGCUACCCAUUGAUGGAGGAUUCCUGGCUACAUAACGAAAUAUUUAUUUUUAAGUACGUUUCAUUAUACAAAAUUAAGAAAACGAAA